CUUACCAAUAAACGCAGCGAACUCUUAUCCUCUUUACUCCUAUUCUGAAACCCGUUCAUGGCAGACCCAGGCCAACCCACCACGCUCACCAAAGACCGUAAUUGUCUAAAACACCCUUGCGAUGCUGGGUUUUUCUCCGACGCACACCCUUUCGACACUCCAAGCCUUGAUGAAGAAGAUUCCAACGAUCCACCACCCGCUUCUUAUUCUCUCGACUGCGACUCGGAAUGUGAUUCGACUCCGUUGAUUGAUCUUCCGAAGAAUCAUCGGGUGUUCUCUGAUUCGAUUCUCAGGAUGGAGAUGGUCAAGGCAAUGGAAGCCUCGAGGUGUGAGGCGGAGAAACGGAGGGCGGAAUCGGAGGCGGAGUUGACUCGAAUGAUGUUGUGGACUCAGUCCCGGAUCGAUUCGUUUGUCGCUGGAGAUGGAGAUAACAGGAAAAGGAAGCGUGGAGCGGAUGACGAGUCAAGGGACUCCUCCGUUAGACAAGGAGCUUUGCUGAUGAGCUUGUUCCAGUGCAACUUAAUCUUCUGAAGUUCCAGUAAAAUUAAUAGACUACUCUUUGGUUUAUCUAUCAAAGUUGGUGGUGACAAUAAAGCUGUGAUCUAUAUCUCUAUGUAAUGAAACCCCAAUUAUAUUAAAUGAAAAAUCUAUGAACAUG